AUGAUAUCUUUAAAAAAUUUAAGAAUCGAAAGAGUAAAUUCAUUUUAUAUAAAUAUAUUGGCACCAAAUUUAAAAGAAUGUUCCAUUGUUCAAUGUCAGAAAUUUAAAUUCCCAAUCGAACUAAAACAAAAUCAAAUUUAUUCAUCUAUAGAGGCACCAGAAAUUGAAGAAUUUAAUUUUAGAAAUUCAUUAUCAGCAUUUCCAUCACUCAAUAGUAAUUUAGAAAGGUUAUAUCAAAUCUAUCCAAAUCUUAUUAAAAUCGAUUUAAGUUUUGCAAAGUUUAAAAAUCUAGAAAUUAAUUUUCAACAUCCAUUUUUAAAAAUAUUCAUCGCAAAGCAAGUGGAUCUUUAUAAAAUUACUUUUGAUGGUGAAUCAAAAUUAGAAAUUUUAAAUGUUAGAGGCUCUUCAUUAAGUGGUGGCAUUGGUAUAAAACAUCCAAGCUUUUUCAAAUCGUUAAGAGUUUUAAAAAAAGAUAGUCAUGUCCAUUUAGAUUCAUCAUAUAUAGGUACUUAUUAUCCUGGUUUAAUGGCAAUUGGUAGUGGUGCACUUAGUAGCUAUUUCAUCAAAGAUUUAACAACUAAAAUAUCAAUUCUAGGCUAUACUAGCCAAGUGGAUUCAUUUAGUUUCAAAGGUGAUUUCUUUGGUCUCUUUGAUAUAGGUAUCACAAAAAACAAUCAAGAAAAUGAUCGUUUCCCUUUAAUUGCAAAUCGUUCAUCAACUCUAUUGUUUAUUAUAGAUACCUCAAAUUCGUUGUUAACAGAUUUGGAAAAUAUAUUUAUUCAUUGUAAUAAAUAUUAUAAAGAGAAAAUUGAAGAAUUAUUAUAUUUGGGUGGAAUCAAACCACUAUUAUUAGUUUUAUGCGAUGAUAAAGAGUUUGAUGGAACCACAUUAAAGGAUACACAGCUAUUGGACAGAAUCGAAGUAUUUAAAUUAAAAUAUAAAAUAGAGGCUCAAACAAUCAUUUAUCAUUUUAAUAAAAGUCAAAUUGAUGAUUCUCUUAUAUCAAUGGAAAGUGUAGAAAAAGAAAUUAUAAGCGAUGAUUUCAAAUCUCAGUUAUUUAAAAUCGUGAAAGAAAAUCAUAGACUAAUUCAAUCAAAUAAAUCACAAUCGGUUUUAACAAUUUCAUUUUCACUAGGUAAAAUCAGCGAUACAAUUCAAUAUGUAAAUUUACAAAAAUCAUUAUCAACAAAUGAACUGUUAUUAAAUGUUUGCAGUAAAUACAAUAUAAAUCCAAAAAAUUUCAUUUUUACCUAUUCAAAAGUAGGUUCACCCACCCCUCAAAAGAGAAUAGAUUUAGAAAAUACUACAAUUGAAGGUUUAAUGUUGGUUUUAUCAGGUUCAUUAAAACAAAUUUAUUUAGAAAGAAAAUCUUUUAAAUUAAAAUAA